AUGUCACCAUCCUUCGCCCCGGAGCAGCAUGGAACCUGCUCCAUGAAUAUUGACGAUAAUAUUGAGAGGUCGGGGCUGAAGCCAACCAUUCGGCCUUUUGCCGGCCGGAUCGGUGGCAAUCAGGGAUUAGUGCUGGACCCCAGCGAUGCCAGCAAUGCGGAAUUACUGAAGCGCAUGCCCGAUGCGGCACCGCUGAUGAGCUUGAAGCAGUCAUUCAGCCUGGCAGCCUUUUCCGAUAUCGAUCUUUGGAAGUUCGGUGCAGUCGAAUGCGUAGGUAAGCUUUCUGGUCAGCAUCGAGAUUGUUCUACCGCGGCUUCGGAAUGGCAGAAGAAACGCGGGCUUAUUCACAAUCUAGGGACGAUGAUGCUCGUUUUCAUGACUUCAUGGCUAUCUGCACACUCGCCUAUCCCAACAACGACCCUCCCUGCAUCCAGCGACGCCGCUGGUAUUUAUUCUACAGCCACCUUCCUAGGACCUUUGGUUGGGGGUAUUACCAACUGGCUAUUUCUGACUCUUUUUAUCUUCUCCUUUUCCUCGGUCAGUGGCGCUCAUCUGAACCCGCUGAUCACCAUGGCCACCUUUUUUGCUCGACUUAUUUCGAUUCCUCGGAUGGUUCUUUAUCUUGCCGGACAAAUUCUGGGUGGCACAUUGGCUGGUCUCAUGCUUCGAACGUCGUUCGGCUCGCGAAACUUUGUCGUUGGUGGGUGUGAUAUCGACACCUCCCUUGUUCCGACUGGAGAAGCUUUUGUAUUGGAAUUCAUUUGCUGUUUGACGCUUUUGUUUCUUUCUUUCGGCGUAGGAUUGGACCCCCGACAGUCCAAAGUCUAUGGUACGGCUCUUUCACCGUGGCUAGUAGGACUGUCUUUGGGUGUUGUCAGCUGGGCGUCAGCAUUCACACGAGUGGGGUAUGGAGGAGCUUGUAAGAUGUGUCUUUGA